AUGACGAAGCGCACCAAGAAGGUCGGCAUCACCGGUAAAUAUGGUACCAGAUACGGUGCCUCCCUGCGUAAGCAGGUGAAGAAGAUGGAAGUCACCCAGCACGCCCGUUACGUCUGCACCUUCUGCGGAAAGAACACCGUCAAGCGCAAGGCUGUCGGUAUCUGGGAGUGCAAGGGCUGCAACAAGACCGUUGCCGGUGGUGCUUACACCGUUUCCACCCCCGCUGCCGCUGCCACCCGCUCCACCAUCCGUCGUCUGCGUGAGAUCGCCGAGGUCUAA